CUUGACUGACACUGGAGAGGGCUGGCUUUUUGGAGGGCUCUUAGCAACGGCCCUGGUUUGACCCACCUCGGCCAUGAGAAAAUCAAAUCAGUAUGCCAUUCUUCCCAGGCGCGAGGCAGCAGCAGCCGCUGAACAUGAAAGGAGGCUUCCUCCCUGCCUGCUAAUUACCUGCUCUUCCCGAUCUCCUGGUUUCUGCCCUUGCAAAGUGUACAAGGGGGAGGAAACGACCGUCACCCAUCCCCCUUGCUGCCUGGGGGUUCAGACUUGAUUGUGAGUCCGUGUUAUGUCAUCUCGUCUUAUUGAUAGGCUGGAUGGGGGCGGGGGGGAUUCCAGCCCCCCUGGACCCGCCGGAGCUUUAUUCUAGAGUUACUGGCGCGUGGCUGCGCUUUUCUUUUCCGUUUGUAGGUGAAACCCCAUUGGCUUCAUUGGCUCCUUGAUUUAAACCACGCCCGGCUUUCUGCCCGCUCUGCUGCUGCUGGGCCAGGCUCCCCAGCCACAUCCCAGCCCCGUCUGCAGGGAGCCGGAGGCUGCUGCUGCUAUUGUGUGGAUGCCGCGCGUGUCCUCUCUUCUUUCCAGAGAUGGCUAACAGGGGCCCUAGCUACGGCUUAAGCCGAGAGGUGCAGGAGAAGAUCGAGCAGAAGUAUGAUGCGGACCUAGAGAACAAGCUGGUGGACUGGAUCAUCCUGCAGUGCGCUGAGGACAUCGAGCACCCGCCCCCCGGCAGGGCCCAUUUUCAGAAAUGGUUAAUGGACGGGACGGUCCUGUGCAAGCUGAUAAACAGUUUAUACCCACCAGGACAAGAGCCCAUACCCAAGAUCUCAGAGUCAAAGAUGGCUUUUAAGCAGAUGGAGCAAAUCUCCCAGUUUCUAAAAGCCGCGGAGACCUAUGGUGUCAGAACCACUGACAUUUUUCAGACGGUGGAUCUAUGGGAAGGGAAGGACAUGGCGGCUGUGCAGAGGACCCUGAUGGCUUUAGGCAGCGUUGCAGUCACCAAGGAUGAUGGCUGCUAUCGGGGAGAGCCUUCCUGGUUUCACAGCCCUCAGGACCUAGCACUGCUGGCGCCACAACUGAGUUCUCCAAAGCAGUGAAAGACUGAUGCUGCCAUCCAGGCCAGUAACCUAUCCAGAGCAGAAAUGGCUGGGCCUUUUCUACCAGACACCUGCAUCCUUCAGCUCCACCCAGGUUCCAUUUCUUCUGAGGCUCAGCAGGACUGGAUGGCCUUUCUUGAAGGUGCCUUCAUGUCUGAACUUGGUUUUAUUAUGACUUAAGCCAGCUCUGAGCCUUCUUGCUUGCCUCCCUCCCUCCCUCCUUCCCUUCCUUCCUUCUCUCCCUCCUUCCCUCCCUCACUUCCUUCCUUCCUUCCUUCCUUCCCUUUUUGUUUGUGUACUUAAUAAAGGGGUAAUAUGUCCUGUCGGUGUGACACCAUCAUGGUUAAUAUCUAUGUUGUCCCAGUAUAUUUAUGAAUAGAACCUUGUUUCACUCUCAACAGUGUCCUAGUCUGGUUAAUAAAUUCUAUGAUUAUCUCUCAGGGUAAAGGGCCUUUUCUUAAAGUGGUUUUUUCUUCAGUGUGUAGGGUAGGCAGGAAACUUAAAACUGGAUGACUUAGUUGUAGAAAAGUGCUCUGUGGCAAAUAAUUGAUUAUUCAUUUCCAUGAUCCUCUUUUCUUCUCCUUGACAGUUAUU